AUGAGAUCAUCCAAGAAGUCCACGUUUAGUAGUAAUAAUAAUAAUAAUAGAUAUGUUUGGAAGCCUGCCGCUAAUCCGUCAUGGGAGAAAAGGUUUUGUAAUGAAAUUGGAAAUAUGUCAUGGCCAGACUUGUUAGAAGCCGAGAGGUAUAUUCAUACAUACCCAGACGUCAUGAAUUGGAAAGAUUCCGCAGUCGAAGAAGCAUUCCACGGUGCCAAGAAACGUUUUUGGGCCAAUAUCAAUGGGCUGCCUUGCGAUAUACCACUGCCCGAUCCUGACAUCUAUAAUCAUCAUGUAAUAGAGAGUAACGACGAUGAUGAUGUUGAUGUCCCAAAUGGUGAUCAAGAAGAAGGAGAUCCUUAUGAUGGUUACUCCAUUGAAUGGGGUGAUUUGGACGACAUUUCAAACGUAGAAAACGACUUUGUCCAACCCUUACCCCCAACCCAAUGGGGCGAGUGUUCGAACGAGCCCGUACUUGCGACUGGGUGGGGAGAGGGUUUCGACGAGCCCGUACCCGUGACUGGAUGGGGAGACGGUUUUAACGAGCCCAAGCCCGUACCUACAAGUGGGUGGGGAGAGUCCUACAAACAUAUCGUCCCAACCGGUUGGGACGACGAUAAUAAUAAUGUAACCGGAGAUAACAAACCCAUAACUGUGACAGAGUGGAACAGUGAUAAUUAUUAUGUAACCAAACACGUAAACACGAAGUCGAGAUACAAAACCUCAAAGUUGUCCGGUAAUAACCGAAAGAAUAAGAAUUUUGGGUUCAAUCGUCGCCCUUUUAACCGAUGA